AUGCAUUCGUUUGUAUUUUGCAUAAAUAAAAAAACUUUUGAAUCCCAAAAUAAUAGAACAGCCGAGCGAUUGAGCGAGUACGUAAGUCACUAUGAGGUCCUUGAUUACGACGCGUCGGACGUUCACAAGGCUCACGCGCGAGCGAAGAGAUCGCUCGUUAAGGACAAUUUGGUUCAUUUGUCGUUCCGAUCGCACGGGCACGAUUUUCGAUUGCGGCUGAAGAGGGACUUGAGCGUCUUCGGCGACGACAUGGAGGUGCACGGGCCGCAAGGAAAGUUGGAGGACGUCGAUACGUCCCACAUUUACCAAGGACACAUUUUGGGUGAGCCCGACAGCGUUGCCUUCGGUUCUAUAAUCGACGGCGUUUUCGAAGGGAAGAUCGUAUCGCCGAAAAGGGGCGCCUACUACGUAGAAAAAGCUCAUCACUACUUUCCCCACACCACGCACCCCAAUAGGACGUUCCACAGUGUCAUUUACCACGAGGAUCACGUUACGGAUCCUUACGAACAUAUGAGGGAAGGACAUUCCGCUGGAUGUGGCAUCAACGACGAAGUCAUCCAGUGGAUGGACAAGAUACAGAAUUCGGGAAAGGAUGACCCUCCGCCACCGGUACUCAACGAAGACUCUCCUGCAAAAUAUAGACAGAAACCAGUCAAACAUAAAAAAGUGAUUAGUACCGAAAGUAAAAAAUAUAAGGAAGAACCGAAACCGCCUCCAAACUUUGAAGAUGCUUUUAGUAAGUACUCGAAAGAAGCAAACGAAGAAAAGAAUAGCAGGCACCGCAGAGCCACCAGGAGGGAUGAAAACAGAAAUACCUGUUCUUUGUACAUACAAACCGAUCCUCUCAUUUGGAGGCAUAUAAGAGAAGGAUUUCCAGAAAUUGACGAUGAUUCUUCAUGCAGUUGCUACCAUCGUGGCUGCGGUGAAAUGAACCAAUUUUGUUUAGAGAAUAUUGACGUUAGCAAUUUCCUCAACAUACAUUCUCUUGGCAACCACGAGGACUUUUGUCUCGCCUAUGUGUUCACUUACCGAGACUUUACUGGUGGAACUUUGGGGUUGGCAUGGGUUGCCAGUGCCUCCGGUGCGUCAGGUGGAAUUUGUGAAAAGUAUAAAACAUACACCGAAACGAUAGGCGGUAUGUAUCAGUCAACGAAACGAUCGCUGAAUACUGGAAUCAUAACUUUCGUCAACUAUAACAGCAGAGUACCUCCCAAGGUAUCCCAGUUGACUUUGGCUCACGAAAUUGGACAUAAUUUUGGUUCACCGCACGAUUAUCCACCGGAAUGCAGGCCAGGUGGGCCCAGUGGCAAUUACAUAAUGUUCGCAUCUGCUACUAGCGGAGAUCGUCCAAAUAACAGCAAAUUUUCCAGUUGUAGUAUCGGUAAUAUUAGCAAUGUCUUGGAUGCCAUCGAAGACAGCAAGAAAAGAAACUGUUUCACAGCAUCUCUUGGUGCGUUCUGUGGCAAUAAAAUUGUUGAGGACGGAGAGGAAUGCGAUUGUGGUUAUGACGAUAAAGAAUGCAUAGAUCAAUGUUGUUAUCCUAGAGUAAUCAGUGACAUUGACAGGAAAUUGAAUAAGUCUGCUACUGGUUGUAGAAGAAGGAACGGAACAGAUUGCAGUCCGAGUCAAGGUCCAUGCUGCAACAAUGAAUGUAGAUUCAUCCCAUUUUAUCAGCAAGAAGAGUGCAAGAUGGAAUCUGACUGUUCGAGGUCAUCUAAAUGUAACGGAAUCAGUGCGGAAUGCCCUGCACCUACUCCUCGACCCGACAAAACUAGAUGCAAUAACGGCACUCAGUUAUGUAUCAAGGGAGAUUGUACAGGUUCCAUCUGCUUGGAAUGGGAUCUUCAAGCUUGUUCAUUGACCACUCAGGAUCAUCCGAAUAUUGAUAAGAGGAAACUUUGUGAAUUGGCUUGUCAAAAUGGUACUGACAUUUGUAGAAGUACAAGUGAGUUUGCUGGGAAAGUUGGUUUACCACCAGGCGGUAUCAGCUUGAGGCCUGGAUCACCAUGUGACAAUUUUCAGGGAUAUUGUGAUGUCUUCUUGAAGUGUCGGGCGGUGGAUGCCGAUGGACCACUCGUUAGACUGAUGAAUCUUUUACUCAACAAGGAGACACUGAUGAGUGUAGCCCAAUGGAUUACUGAGUACUGGUGGGCUGUUCUAUUAAUGGGAAUAGUUUUCAUGAUUUUCAUGGGACUCUUCAUCAAGUGUUGUGCUGUACACACUCCUUCUUCUAAUCCAAAGAAGAAAAAGGCCCAAAGGAUAAGUGAUACUUUGAGGAGGCCUAUGAAUACUCUUCGUCGAAUGAGGUACCAUGGUGGGCAACAUCAUGCAGGAGCUGCACAUGGAGUACCUGGUAGGAAUCGACGAGAACCUGGUGGCCGACCUUCAGCUGGUCAGAGUGGUCCUAGACCAGGCUAUGGAGAGGGCAGAGGACACUAUCAUGCUCCAAAAGCCUAUUCUCCACUAGCCACCGCUCCUCCAGCAAAUAACAGUCGUCAUAACCAUCCGGAAGCUUAUGCCGGAGCCUAUGAAAUGAGAAACAAAGUCUGACAAGACGGAGAUGCUGGGGAAGCUCCUCGGGUGUCACCGCCGCCCGACUACCCUGGCACUCCCAUGGCCAACGUUCAACCGGAAAAUUUCCCCCUCGUUCAUCAUGCCACCGACAGUCCGAAGAGGAUCACCAAUUCUUUGGAAGAAAGUGGCACAAACUCGAUCCAGUAAGCUAAUCACUUCAAGUGCCACUUUUGACCUUCCACAUUAGAGGUUCAAUAUGGGCUGGAAUCUUUUCAAGUUGGUUCUUAUGAUUUGCCAUUCUUUCAAAUUUCAGACAGUUUACCUGAAAAAUGCAUUUAUCAGGAUCAGGAGAAUUAUCAAAAGGGUUCAAUUAUGUUAUUUUCCAUUGGCAAAAACCUUUUCAAUGUUUUAUUCCAGAUAAUAAAAUCAAGUUCCUUGGUAGUUCAGUUGUCAAUUUAUUAGUUAUAUUUUUUACUUCAUUUCUUUUAAAGUAAGUUUAGCUACAGGGUCACCUUGAAUUAUAAUUCAAAAACAAUUGAUAAACUCACUUAUUGAAUCAACAAAUAAAAUACACAAAUACUUGAAUCACAGUGAAUCUGGCUGUCACAGUCCACUUCUGAAUAUGAUAUAUAAAGUGAAAGAUAGUAGGAGAGAAUCUCUUAAAAACGUUGAAAGUAUUGAUUACUGAAAAAGACUACAGUGAACGAAAAGUAUUAAGCAUUAACUAUAUCAAUAAUUAUCUCAUAUCUGUAAGUUGAUUAGUAUGACAUAACAACAAGAAUUGAAAUAAAUAUUUUUUCAAUAUUUGCACUUUAAAUGCUAAUGAACACCAUCUUUGAAUACCUUUUAUCAACCCCUCCUAUUGUAUAGAUUCUCUAUUGUUAUCUUUCAAUAUAUAUGAUUUAUUUGUUUGUUUAUUUCUAGAAUUCUUGAGAUGAGUGUUUUAAUUAAUUUUGAUACCUAUUCACUUUAAGCAAUUUAUAUUGUAGAAUCUAAAGAUAGCAACCUUGUGCUAUUCAUAUGCCAUUAAAAACCAAAUAAAAAUGAUAUAAAGAACUAAUUAAUUCUUGGCCAAAUUACUGAGGAACUUGAUGGGAAUAACAGUUGAGAAAUAAAAACAAUAAUAGUUUCAGAUGAUAGUUAGUUGUGCAAUUGUUUGUAUUAGAAAUAAUAUGUUCGGGAUGCUUUCUAGAAAAAAUGUUCAUUUUAACUCCACUUUCUUGCAGUUUGAAAAUUGUAGUAGUAAAAUACUUGCAAAUAGUCAAGAUACUUAAUUUACUAUUGUUUUGAUGAUGAUAUCAUGAACUGUCUACCCCAUUCAAAAUUUCAGCACAAAAAUUGAAGGUAUAUUGAACCAUUACCAGAAUGCAUAUCAAAUCUGCUUUUAUUUGUGGCUUUCAUAAUGUUUAUUGAACAAUGAAAAAUAUAAACCACUCACUAAAAAAAAUACAAAAAACACUUUGUUCAAACAUCAAAUGUUUCACUAUAUUGAUGAACAAAAUGCAAUGCAAAAUGGAUCUUCUUGAAAUCCAGCUCGUAUUAGGGACCCCUUCCGAAUUAAGACUUUGAAGUGAUGGCCUUUGUUGCCUAGACUUUUUUUAUUCGAAACUGUUUGGCCAACGCGCUCUGUGAUUUAUAACCAACAUGUGAACUUUCCGAAGUGCGUGUGACAAGACUUUAAUAUUAAUAUUUUAAUGAAAACGGGUGCAUUUUAAGUAAUAGUCACCUUUAAUUUUAAGGUUGAUUUUUAUGUCUUUGAAAUUGAUGAUGAAAUUUUGUAUGAAUAUUAUGAACUUGAUUGGUUGGCUUCCUUCCUGUUUUGACGAAAGGCUGAUUUUUAUGGUAAGCUUAGUUAUUUCAGAAGUUCCGAUUUGAUGAAAUUCGUGAAUUACCACAUAGGUUGUUAACAUAGAGAGUCCCAGUUUAGGUUUGGGGCUUUUGUAUGUGUUGUAAAUGUUUGUUUAUCAACUCAAAAGUAAACAGAGAAUGUUCAAUUUUUAACUUACAAAAUAUCAAAUCAGAUAAUUUAUGUGCCUGACAUGUAUUUGGCAUUUUUUUGUAACUGGUUUUAUCAUUUAUUCAUGAUUCACGAAAAUAUUAGAUUUUUUUCAAUUCAAAUAUUAUAAUGUUAGUUCACGUAAUUUUGUCAGAUUUGCUUUGGACUCAAGUUUUUGAUAAAUAACUAAUUUGUUCAUUUUAUCUGUUGCCUUUUUCUUACUCCAUUCAAUAUACAUUAAAUUGAACGAUCAAUGAAAUGAAAGUAUUGAAUACAAAUAAGAUUUUUGAAUUUAAUUACAAAUUUCAUAAGACUUUCGAAUGGUGAUGUUUUUUUGUGAAAAUACUGGAUAGUUUUUCAAUUUCAAUGGAUCACAUACUCAUCUUUAUAUUUUUCUUCAAAAUAUCAAUUGUCUGAAUUUGGAUCAUUUUUGGAAAAACAUAUUGGAAUUUUGACAAUUGAUGCAGAAUUUGUAUACUUUUUUGAAGGCGAAUUGGUAUCUGUAUAACUAUUUUUCAUGAUACAGACAUUUUGUUGAUUGAAAAAAUGAUGUCGAAAGAUUUUGAACAAUUUUUGAAAACAAGUUACUAUUUUCUCAAUAUUUUCCAUAGUCAAUCGAUUUUUAUAUUGAGUUUUUGUAUUCUGUUAUUUAUUCUACUAAUUUCAUCUUAUUCUUCUAAUAGUACUUUUACAUAGUUCUCUAUUUAGGUUUCAUACCGUAUUAUACUCACUAGACAAUAUAUUUUAUGUAUUGGAAAAAAAGGGAUUAAUUCCAGUAUUUUUCUUACUGUGGAGUUUUCAGCUAGGGGCCAAACAUUGAUUGACUAUUUACUGAUUUUGAAUUGGAGUAAAGUUAUUAGACCAAUUUGUAAGAUAUUGUUUUUAUCUCAUCUACCCUUGUGAACAAAUGUAAGUUUGCGAUAAGUUUUUUUUACAAAACUGCAUCAAAUAUAUUGUAAUAUCUCCUACUCUUUGAAUAAUUUUUGUUCUAUUGUAAUCAGCAUUUAGUUAUUGAAAAAUAUUGGAAUGUCUUUCAUUUGGAUUUUAUCAGACGUAAAUAUAUUUUUCAAUGGCAGCAUGUUGUUAGUGAUUUACAAUAAUUUUAUUGUACAUUAUUUAAAUAAGUAGGAUAAUUUCAUUGAAAUUUUUAAUUUUAUGUUACAGAUUAUGUAAUUAUUGUUCUCAAUCAGAAAGUUGUUUCGAGUGUCAAAUAACUUAUAAUCUUUUAAUUGAUAAAUAAUUUGGAUUUCAACAAAUGCAAAUAAUAUUCAGGUUUAAGGAAAUUGUUUUUCUCAUAUUGUGAAUCAUUGUAAAAUUACUCAAUAUUCCACAGAUUCUAGAAUAAACCAAAAACUCCCAUUUUGUGACUAAUUUGUCUGAGAAAAUACUAUUUUUGUAUUCAAUACAUUUGGAAAUUGUCUUUGUAACGUUGUCGACUUUUUUGGAAAAUGUGAUAACAAAAAUUAGUUCUUUUAUUAUCUCAAUAAUUGUGUUUUGAAAACAAGUCAAAUAAAGAUAAUCUAUAUUUGAUGCUAACCUCUGUAUUGAAAAAUAUUGUAAAAAAUACUAUAUGUAAAUAAAGGAAUAAAAUAGUUGUUUUCAUAUGAAAA